UGCUAGCUGCUUGUUAUUCGAAUUAUCAGUCGGUGUUUUAGUGUUCAGACGACAGCAUGUCGUAUUUAGGUCGCAAUCUUCAAGCUUAUCAAUUUUUACUGGGUGUUGUGCUUCUCUUGGCAUUGUUCGCCAAGGUGGAGGGCACCAAAAGAUGCGCAGAGCUAGAUGAAUAUUGCAUUAAUCAUUGGGACUGUUGUUCCAAUAGCUGCCUUAGCUAUAAAUAUCGAUGUGUGCGUACCUUCAAUGUCUUUCCCUAUCCCUUUUUGGGCACUGCCAGUCAACAACCCACAAUUACUUUGGAUGAGCUUUUAGCACAAAAUUUCGGCACACAAAAUCGUAAUGGACCCAGAGUGGCUCAUAGCGCGGAUAAGGUCAUCAAUUUUGUAUCGCGUUUCAAUGCAGAUGAGAAUGCCAUAAACAACGAUAGAACCACAGUGAAAAUAGUGUUGUUAGAUGAAAAGAAGGAAGAGGCACAACCAAAACAAACAGAGGUGCCAACAACAGUAGUUGCCCUUGCCAACAAUGCGGCCUCGUCCUCCUUGGAGGGAAGUGUUGGUGAGGAACCUUGUAAGGAAAUCGGAUCGAAGUGCUACCAUAACAGUGAAUGCUGCAGCCAACGUUGUCAUGGCUUUCUUCAUCAAUGCGUAACGUGAUUGAGGCCAAGUGUAGAGUUGGAUAACAGAAUGGCCUCCAGUGUGGACUAAGGUCGUGCCUGUUUUUAUAUUCCCCCAAGCCUCCAACUCAGACAAACUCACGCACAAACUUCCAUAUGCCUGUAAUUAUUGUAAUUUUUCAAACAAUAAAUAAAUUAAUGGAGUCGUUUAAUAAUCUCAGCAAUGAAAAAAAACAAAUAAAA